AUGACGAUGUCUCUGGUUGGCGGGGCGGGGUACUAUUACUCGUUCAUCAUCGUGGGCAAACGAGAUAACCCCCUCUUCGAGAUAGAAUUUGCUGGCCCCAAGAAGGAGGUGUCGCAGCAGCCCGAGGCCCAGUUCGUGAUCCACGCUGCACUCGACCUGGUGGAAGAGCAUGUCUGGAAGAACCCCCAGAUGUACCUCAAGGUGGUGGACAAGUACAACGACAAAUACUUCAUCUCGGCCUUCGUCACCGCUGGCCACGAGCGCUUCAUGGUGCUGCACAACACCAAGAACGAAGAUGGAAUCAAAUACUUCUUCCAGGAGGUGCAUGAACUCUACAUCAAGGUGCUGCUGAACCCCUUCUACAAGGCGGACACACCGAUCACAUCGCAGGUAUUCCAGAAGAGGGUGAAACAGCUGGGCCGAAAGUACCUCACCUGA